AAGUUUUGGUCGAAGUACCGGCCACAAACGUGGACCCGCACAUGGCAGUGGGGCUCCGGUUUGAGAGGGCUGAGCUUGGUCCGGUGGGGACUUUGGGGCAGCUUAUCAGAUGGGACCCACCAGCAGCGCACAGACACCCGAGACGUUGACGCUGGAGCUCGAAUCUCCCGAGAACAGCCCUUCCUUCCCUCUCAAUCUUGAAGCAUGGAGACAGGCAACUUUGACUGUUGAUCCACAGCUUGUCAUCCAAACAAGCAUCGAACUGCCGAGAGCCUCUCGACCAACUGGCGUCUUUUCCGAGCCCUGCCGAGCAAACGCUUUAGGCGCUCUUGUUUGCCGCCCGGUAGAGGAUUUUUUUCCCGAAAAUCUGCCCAAAGCGAGGCGACCAGUCCGACACGAUUUCUACGUCUCGCGCCUAAAGUGCCAGACCUCAAAAAUAGGGUGGACAGCCAUCAACGAAGAGCUUUCGAUGCGGUGUGAGGAACUUUACCCCGAAAUCACGCUAACGAGCCGUGUCUGCAUGAAGCUUCCAGCCGCUCGCUUGCCCGCCGCCCUGAAAUAUCGGGACAUGGCUCACGGGUCGGUUGCUGCUCGGCACGCACCCCACACUUUGUCGUCUCCGCGGCUGCAAUCUUCAACCGGCCGGCCGCCAACAUGGACUGCCGAAACUAGAGCGGUUCGACCUGUAGGCUGCUGGGUGGCCGCCAUCUCCCUCGAACGGCUGAGCUUGCCAUUCAAGCCCUUCGCCGCAUUUGUCACAAUGCGCCCGUCCGCCACCCACUACACCAGUCAGUCCACUUCAAAGCCUAACCAGCGCGAUGUGACCACGGCUUCAUUGUUAUUGUGUGGUUGGCCUGCCCCGUGUCCUUCCUACUUCCCUACACCAGCGUCCUGCUUCCCGCUCGGCACUCAUCAAAGCAUCCCAUGUGCACAUACAGUCAAGCAUCUUGUCUUACAGGACCAAGCUCAGAGCCGAACCGUCCCGCGGCCGUUUCUGGAUAUGGCUCCUGCAUUGGUAAUUCUGGUCUGCCAUGUACUCCGUGAAUACCCCAGGCUUCUGUGGAGAUCCUCAUCCAAGCACCCGUGGUAACAGCGGCGCCACAGUGGCAUUGGAGGAACCGCUCACCGCAGCGUCCUGAUAGCGCAACACCACACCUCACGUCUGUCUCGUCGCAUACUGUAGUUUCCUUUUGCCAAAGUACAAUGGGACUCAUCCCAAGCCGAAUGUCAAUUGGACGGGGCAGGGGGUGUUAAAGUUCAAAGAAGACUUCCGUUUAAUAGACGGUCGCGAAUGCGGGGAAACCCUGUCGCAUGCAGUGGGAAGACCAGUCAUCGGGUAGAAGAUUGGUCUGAACACAACAACAAUAGACUUCCUUGCGGUUCCAGGACUCAAUCAUCAAUGCAAGGGAAAC